AUGGCUAACUUAUUCAAUAAAUUCCAAGAAAAAUUACACGGUGAUAAAGACGAAGAGGAGGAACACCAACAACAACAACAGGGUGGAGGUCAACAACAACAAUACAGACAAAACCAACCAUCAUCUACUAGAUCCAAACACCAAUACCAAACAUCUCAAUCUGGUCAAGGUCAACCAUCCUCAUGGGGGAUGAAUGAGGCUGGUGAUGAUGAAUUUAAUGAUACUUCUCUCGGCGGCGGUAGCGGUGGUGGUGGUGGUGGUAUGAGAGGCGCUGGUGGUCUCGGUGGUCGCCAGCGUGCUACGCAUCAAGGUGCUGGAGGAUUCAACACCACUACUGGUCAAGAAUAUGAUUUCUCAUCGGGUCAAUCUCAAGGCUUGGGUCAGCAAGAAUACGGUGCUGGUGGUGACAAUGCUUUCAGAGAUGAUAGCAAUUUGGGUCGUGGUGCCGGUGGAGGUUUGAUGGGUGAAGAGGAGGAAGAAGAUGAAGAACAAGAUGACGACUUCUUGUCCUCCGGUCAAAGACAAAAACCAAGUGGCGGUAGAUAUAGAAGUGGUCAAGACACUAGUUACACUUCUUCCAUGGGAGGUAACCGUAUGUCUGGUAACCGUGGUGAUAACUGGUAG